AUGGGGUACGCCAUGGCCCAGAAUGUGCGCAAGAGCAUGCCGUCAACAGGGCGGCUGUACAUCUUUGAUGUCUUUCGCAGCUCAUGUGAGCGGUUCCAGAUCGAGAUGGAGGGGACCAGCGCGGUGGUGGUGGUUGACUCUGCUCGAGAAGCCGUGGAGCAGGCGCCGACGGUCAUCUCCAUCGUUCCCAACGCCGCCGACGUUUGA